GGCAGGGGGAGCCAAGUGGGGAGCCCUGGCCGACGUGCAUAAACCGAUCGCGGAGCAUAUCGGAGCUGCACUCGCAGGCGAGCUGACAACGUAGGGCUACGUAGGGCUGCCAGCCUACCGAGGGGAGCUGGCCUGAGUAAGCUCUAUAUCAAAACUCUAUACUCUAUGCUACAGCCUCGUUUGAUGGAGAAGACGGUUUUCAGCUAAGGGGACCGCCACUAUGAACGACGACCUCGACGAGCCGCAAUUCGAACAUGAGGAGCCAGCAGCCCAGAAAAAGAAGCGGACAAAAAAAAAACGGCCGCGCGACGACGACGACGACGACGACGACGCCACGCCCGGCGCGCCGCCAAUCCUCGAGGAGAGCGCCGCGGCGGCCGCCGAACCGGCGUCGACGGCGCCGGUCACGUUUCAAACGGCGGGCGGGCCCGCGAAGAAGCCGAAGCCGCCGCGCCCGGCGCCGCGCGACGGUGCCGCGUGGGCCGCGUGGCUCCGAAACCUCUUGCCGGACGCGGACGCGGCCGCGCUGCCGGCGCGCUGCGCACCUCCCGAAGGCGAUGUCAAGAUGGCGGUGGCGGCGCGGGUGCGGCGCGGGUGCGGCCGCAACGUCGACGUGGUGGUCGUUUGUACGUCGGCCAGGCGGGCCGCGGACCUCGCCAGGACGCUCCGCGACCACGCGAAGAUCCGACGCGUCUUCAAGCUCUUCGGCAAGCACAAAGAUCGGAAGGAGCAGGAGCGCGCCCUCGCGACGCUGAGCCCGCUGCCGAGGGUCGCGGUCGCGACCGGUGCGGAAAUCGACCGGUUGGUUACUGAGAAUGGUUGCCUUCGCCGUGACCUCCGCCGUCGUCGAGCAGGCGCGGUAGCGGGAGGAAGGGAUGGGACGGGGGCGCUUGAAGUUUGAUUUCCGCAUAGGUCGCGACGCCCGCGCGCCUCGACGCGCUCCGAGACCGCGUGCCCUGGGCGCCCGGCGCCGCGCUGCUCGUCGACGGCGCGCCCGACGCCAAGGGGUACACGCCCUUCACGCUACCCGACGCGAAGGGAGCGCUCGCGGCCACCGUGGCCGGGUUGCUGGGGGCCACGGACGUGGCCUUUGGGGUCGUAGAGUCGUAAA